UUUCGUUGACGUUUAUUUCGAUUACUUUGAAGAAUCAUUCUUUGUGAGUUGGAAUUAUUAAUGGAAUAUUACCGGCGAUAGUUUGUUAUCCAUUAAAAUUUAAUUACCUCGAACAACUAAGUGUGAAAGACAGAAAAUAGAAACGAUUGAAAAAUGCGUCUGUUGGCGCUAUGUUUAGCCUUUACAGUUCUCGGACUGACGAUUUCUGUAGAUCGUAACAAUUUUAAGACAUGCGAUCAGAGUAGUUUUUGCAGACGAUGCCGAAAAGUUCAACCGGGAAACUCCCAAUUCCAAUUGGUGCCGGGAACAUUAAACGUUUAUUCAAACUCGAUAACGGCCGAUGUGAUCAACAACGAGAAUAAUCAUUUGUUUGUACUGAAACUGGAAGCGUUGAAAGACAACACAUUCCAUUUGUUGAUUGAUGAGAAAACACCUUUGCAUCCAAGAUAUCGUGUAACUGAUGCACUGAAAGGAACACCAGCUCCAGACACGAUCAAAGUCACCGAGAACUCUGAUCAAGAGAUUGUCAUCAGAAGUGGACAUAAUGAGGCAAUUCUGCUAGCAAAACCAUUACGAAUUGAUUUUUAUAGUGGUAAUACACUAACUGUGUCUGUCAACGCUAAAGGUCUAAUGAGAUUUGAACAUUUACGUGUGAAACCGCAACCAUCACAAGCUGAGGAAGGAAACGAUGAAAAUGGAAAUGCUGCCGAAGAAAAACCGAAGAGCAUCGAGGACGAUGAUCCCGGUUCCUGGGAGGAAAAUUUCAAAUCCCAUCAUGACGCGAAACCCUAUGGACCAGAGGCAAUUGCAUUGGAUUUUGCUUUCCCUCAAGCCCAAGUGCUAUUCGGAAUCCCUGAGCAUGCUGAUUCCUUUGCAUUGAAAUCAACCACCGGCGGCGAUCCAUAUCGUCUGUACAACUUGGACGUAUUUGAAUAUGAACUGGAUAGUACAAUGGCUCUGUACGGAUCCGUUCCGGUGUUGUACGGUCAUGGCGCUGAUCGCACAGCCGGAGUAUAUUGGCAAAAUGCGGCUGAAACUUGGGUCGACAUCUACAAUCCGGAUUCGGAGAAAAAUGUCUUGUCUUCCAUUGUGAAUAUGGUUUCUGGUUCGGGGCCGGUCGAUCCGUUGACGGCUAAUUUCAUGUCGGAAAGUGGUGUAAUCGAUGCAUAUAUCUUGAUGGGACCGAGACCGAAUGAUGUGUUCAAGCAGUAUACCGAUUUGACUGGCGUUGCACCAUUGCCACAGGUAUUCGCUUUGGGCUACCAUCAGUGCCGUUGGAAUUAUAACGAUGAACAGGAUGUCGAUCAAGUCAACAACAAAUUCGACGAACAUGACAUUCCCAUGGAUACGAUGUGGUUGGACAUUGAAUACACCGACUCGAAAAAAUACUUCACGUGGGACCAGCACAAGUUUGCCCAUUCGUUGGAUAUGAUCAAGAAUUUGACAGCAAAAGGUCGUCAUCUUACCGUUAUCAUCGAUCCUCACAUCAAACGUGACAACAAUUACUUCUUCCACAACGACUGUACUGAUCGCGGCUAUUAUGUCAAGAACAAAGAUGGCAAAGACUAUGAGGGAUGGUGUUGGCCUGGAUCGUCUAGCUAUCCAGAUCUAUUCCGCGAAGACGUCCGGAAAUACUUCUCGAGCAGAUAUCUUUUGGACAAUUUCCCCGGCACCACAGAAGACGUUAUGUUGUGGAACGAUAUGAACGAACCGUCAGUGUUCAAUGGACCAGAGAUCACAAUGCCAAAAGACAAUGUGCAUGUUGACGGUUGGGAACAUAGAGACUUGCACAAUUUGUACGCUCACAUGCAAUUGAUUUCAACGUAUGAGGGCUUGUUGGAACGAAGUCAAAAUAAACAACGACCGUUCAUUCUAACACGUGGACACUUUUCGGGUAGUCAACGGUUAGCAACAAUUUGGACUGGAGACAAUGCAGCCGAUUGGAAACACUUAGAAGCGUCGAUCAAAAUGUGUUUGUCGGAAUCGGUAGCUGGAUUUUCGUUCUGCGGUGCUGAUGUUGGCGGCUUCUUCGGCAAUCCUGAAGCUGAGCUGUUUUCUCGAUGGUAUCAAGCGGGUUCCUUCCAACCAUUCUUCCGGUCUCACGCCCAUAUUGACACAAAACGUCGUGAGCCAUGGCUGUUCCCAGAAGACACUAAAUUGGUGAUUCGCGAUGCCAUUCGUAAACGUUACAGUUACAUCUCCUACUGGUACACAAUGUUUUACGAGCAUGAACGAUUCGGUUUACCGGUCAUGCGACCAUUGCUAGCACACUAUCCUCAAGACAAAGAAUCGUAUGCCAUCGACAACGAGUAUCUGUUAGGCGAUAAGCUUUUAGUGCGUCCAGUACUUCAUCAGGGAGUGUCCAAAGUCGAUGUGUAUUUCCCAGCUAAAAAUGGCAAAGAAGGAGACGUUUGGUAUGACGUUGAUGACUACCGUCGUAUAGAACGAGUCGGCUAUGAAGGCGUCCCGGUCAACAGUUAUAAGAUUCCAGUCUAUCAACGUGGCGGCACAAUCAUACCCAAAAAGGAGAGAAUUCGUCGUGCAGCAACGUUGAUGAUCAACGAUCCGUACACAUUGGUCGUGUGCUUGGAUAAGUCUUCCGAAGCCAAGGGAACGCUGUACAUCGACGACGAAAAGAGUUUCGAUUAUCGCCAGGGCAAAUACAAUUACUUGGAAUUCGAGUUCAAAAAUAACGUCUUGAGCAGCCGAUCGAUCGACGACAAAGCGACAUAUCCAACGAAAUCGUGGUUGGAACGAGUCAGAUUGGCUGGCUUAUCGAAAGUACCGAAAUCGGCAACAUUGAAAACGGAGUCACAAACGGAAACACUGGAAGUGCAAGUGGAGGGUAAUUUAGUGGUGAUACGUAAGCCGGGCGUUAGCAUGUUAGAUAAUUGGAGUAUUACGUUGAAUUUUUAAGUUCAAUCUUUUGAGUCAGAUGAUCGUUCUGUUGUUAGUGAUGAAAUAAAUCGGACAAAAAAUGAAAGAUGGUAAUAAAGUGAAUGGAUAGCCA